CGCUCCUCCUCCUGACCCCGUGCUCCUUCAAAAAUCAGCAGUCGCUCGGCCCCCGCUGCUAUCCAUCCAAUCCUCCUCUCCCCCUCCGCCUCUCCUCGCAGUCGUCGCCCUCGUCCUCCCGGGGAUUGGCGCGGUGUGGAUAGGCACCAGGACGCGGGUCGAUCCCUCCUUUUGGUGGUAACUGGGUAUCUACAAAUUUGAACUGAAAGAGAGAGGAUUAUGAAAAUGGCACAUUUGAUAACUAACUGUACUUUCAGUGCAUCUCCUGCUGUUAAGACGCUCUCCGGAUCUCCUAGUUAUUGCUGCAAUGUUGGCCGAUUACAGAACUCAAAAUCUUCAAAUCUGUCCCUCAAAUCUUCUUCCAAGAGACAAAAGAAGUCAUAUGUUACUUGUGCUAGUGCUGCUGUACAAGGACAUACACAAACACCUCUUGCUGGUAGUCAGGAAGCUUCAUCCUCCAAGCCUAAAAAAGUAAUGGUUAUUGGUGGAGAUGGAUACUGUGGGUGGGCGACAGCUCUUCAUCUCUCCAACAAAGGUUAUGAGGUCGCUAUUGUCGAUAAUCUUGUUCGACGUCUUUUUGAUCACCAACUUGGUCUUGAUUCCCUUACCCCCAUAACUUCCAUCCAAAAUCGUGUCCGUAGAUGGAAGUCUCUCACUGGCAAGACAAUUCAGCUCUUUAUUGGUGACAUAUGUGAUUUUGAAUUCCUCUCAGAAGCCUUCAAGUCUUUUGAGCCAGAUGCUGCUGUCCACUUUGGUGAGCAGAGAUCCGCACCAUACUCUAUGAUUGAUCGUUCAAGGGCAGUCUACACACAGCAUAACAAUGUUAUUGGAACACUUAAUGUCUUGUUUGCCAUUAAGGAGUACAGUGAAGAGUGCCAUCUGGUUAAGCUGGGAACUAUGGGUGAGUAUGGAACACCAAACAUUGACAUUGAAGAGGGGUUUAUCACUAUUACUCAUAAUGGAAGAACUGACACCUUGCCUUACCCAAAACAAGCAAGCUCCUUCUACCAUCUAAGCAAAGUGCAUGACUCCCACAACAUAGCAUUUACUUGCAAGGCUUGGGGUAUAAGGGCCACAGAUCUUAACCAAGGUGUUGUCUAUGGAGUCAGAACAGAUGAAACUGCAAUGCAUGAGGAGCUAUCUAACAGGUUUGACUAUGAUGGUGUCUUUGGGACAGCACUAAAUAGGUUCUGUGUCCAGGCUGCUGUAGGGCAUCCACUUACAGUAUACGGAAAAGGUGGUCAGACCCGUGGAUAUCUGGACAUCAGGGACACUGUGCAGUGCGUUGAGCUAGCAAUAGCCAACCCAGCCAAACCCGGCGAGUUCAGAGUCUUCAAUCAGUUCACAGAGCAGUUCUCCGUCAACGAACUGGCCAAGCUCGUGACUGCUGCAGGAGCCAAGCUCGGUCUGGACGUGCAGACCAAGUCGGUCCCCAACCCACGGGUCGAGGCUGAGGAGCACUACUACAAUGCCAAGCACACGAAGCUGAUUGAGCUGGGCCUGGAGCCCCACCUGCUCUCGGAUUCCCUGCUCGACUCGCUGCUCAACUUUGCCGUCCAGUACAAGGACAGGGUCGACAUUGCCCAGAUCAUGCCCAGCGUUUCGUGGAAGAAGAUGGGCGCCAAGCCACGGACAGUCUCCGUUUAGAGGAAAGGGGACGUUCCCCUGGCGUAUAAUGUCAACCAUGACAUUGACAUUAUUGACAUACGUAAUGUAAUAAUUAUGCGCAUUAGUAUGAUGUGCUAGUUAGUGAGGUGUUUUAUUACGGUAUUAGGUUUCAUUUUUGCUGCCCCACGACUGGAACCUGCGAUCGAAGGGCACAUGUGUAUUUGAUUCUGUUCGCUCGAGCUCUUGAUCUGCUUCAAUGUGGACUGAUGACUAAAA